GAGGGUAAACAAUAAGGAACUAUUUUCAAAAUCAGACAGACAUCUGCCAGCAACUCCGGAUAUGCUUGGAUUCGGGGUCCUCGGCAGUGCCUUUCAGCGGCGGAGGAAGAGAAAUGGCUGCAGUCGACGCUGGGCCAUAAAGAGCAAGAUGCCACUUGGGACUCCUGCCAUACCAACGGCCCCUGUUCCAGACAACAAAUCAAAGGGGGACACUAUGGAGGAGACAAGUGUUCAAGCCACUAAACAGCUGUCUUCGUCACUAAGUAUUGGAGCUCUGUUUUCUGCAGUUGGACGUGUUAUGCAAAAAUGCAGAAAGACGAUUAAUCAAAUCUGUUCGGGUCUCCUGAAUGUCGUCUUUAUCUGGAGAGGCUAUUCAGAAAGAGUGGAGUCCCUUCACCAAAAACUAGAGGAGCUGCAAAGGGAAAUCGCACUAUUGCAUUCCACUUUGAAGCUGUACCGUGAAGCCAAGACUGUAGGUGGUCAAUGUGAAAUGCCUGAUGGUGUUCAGCACUCUCUACCUCCGCCACCACCUCCUCCUCCCCCGCCUCCUCCUCUUCCUCCUCCUCAAAUUCUGUUGACACUUGCUGCUCCGAAGAUGGCCUCACUUCCGCCAAAACCUACACAAACUAGCUCUCUGAAGGAGAAGCAAAAUGGCCCUGCUGCUGUGACUCUUCGAGCUCUUCAAGCAGUACGACUAAGGAAAGUGACUGCAGGCCAAAAAACUCAGGUGUCUCCAGAGAGAAGAAGUUCACCACUGGUCACACUCGCAGACUUGCAGAAAGUCAGUUUACGCCGCUUUAAUCCUGACCUCCCCUUGAAGUCUAGAUCAAGCCUUUGCAGGACUGUCUGUAGGACACCAACCAAAAAUCCCAUGAAUCUUCGGGUACAGCUUCGAAAAGUCAACUUAAUGAGGAGUCCUGGUGGCACACCACUAUGUAACAAAGAGAAUGAUGUGAUGGAUUCAAGCAUGGAUCCGAGCAUGACCAGAGGUUUAGGAAACCAGUACCUGAGUGCUUUAACAAAAGGACUAUCACCACUCAAGGCUGUCUAAACAAAGAAAUUGACUGUUUUAUUUUUAUUGCAUGGCCAGUCUUCUUGUUGUUUUUUUACAUGUGUACUGUGACUGUGCUAAUAGCUUUGGUUCUCAUCAUACUGUCAUGUUACUACGUUAACUAUUUUAGUGACAGGACAGUAUUUGAUGUUACUCGCUGCUAUGUUAUUUUAUAUACUUGUUGCAUGUGAAAUGUGCUUCCUGCUGCUUUUAUAUCAGAACCCCCUUUUCAAAACAUGCUCACAAGCAUAAUAACAAAUGCACACUGUAUGAAAAUUAAAUGCACGUCAUCUUGAGCAUGUUUUUAGAUAUGGUUAAUUGUAUGAUUAGUAGAACUACAUAACUGAACAUGCGGUUCAGUGUCACUGUUACUGAAUAUGACUGUGGAACGUGCAAACUAACUCGGCUUUAAAAUAUAGUACUGUAUUGAAGUCUGUACAGGUGUGAGAAGUCAGUUAGUGGUCUAUAAAUUCAAUACGCCAUUGAUACCUUAUGUGUGUGUGUGUGGUAAAACGUGAAGCAAAGCUUGACAUAACCAGCCGUGUUACUGUGAGACUCAGGAUGUUUUAUUUCUAUGUAUUACUGUAUGUUUACCGGUGGGCUUGAGGCGUAACACCCAAUUACAUGUUACAAUGUCUUAAUGUUGUAUUUUAAGGGUCUUUUGCAAUAUUUCUCUAAAGCCACUUUUAUUUGUAUGCAAAAACUAUUGCAAGUAAUAAAAAACGUUUAAUAAAUAUUGU